AUGCCGAAGCGCAAACAUACAGACUAUGGGUACUCAGACGACGCAGCCCCCGUCAUGGCCGACCCAGGCUCACAAGGUUUCGGUUUAGGCCAGACUCUCUCGAUGCUAUCGAAGUCGACCGAGCCCGCGACGGAUGCCAGCACUGGUUCCACGGCGCAGCCAGCCAGCGGAGGCUCGCCGGACGACGCUGAUAAUGGCCCGGACGGUGCGCGACCCUCGAAGAAAAAACGCUUGAACGGCGAGAAGAUCAAAUACCCGACGCUCACCUAUGUUGAGGGCCGGACGUUACAAUCAUCCAUUCGGAUCGCCGACCUUCAGAAUUUGCUCCUUUUCUGCUUCGCGGAUGGGGUCGCGCCGCAAUGGAUCGCCGUGAAGAAUACAACUCGCAUCCGAAAGGCUGUCUUUUUGAUGGUUCCCGGUCUGGAGCUGGGGAUGUUAAAUGGAAAAGUUCCGCUGGACGGGUCAGAGGUGAAAGAGGUUAAGGGAGCAGACGCAGAAGACGGGACGGAAGAUACAAGGGCCGCUGAAUUUGCUAGAUGGAAAGAAGGACUUCCGCCGCAGGACCGGUCUCACCUCUUCAGCCCUCGUCCGCUAUCGCGCGACAAUGUUCCCGAGCCUCUUCAGCCAUUAGCCGACGUGUUUCCCCAUGCCUGGCCGGUCCGGGCUCCAGGGGACUCCAAAUAUAACAAGGUUCACUCGCCUCUGCAAGCUGUUCUCUUGACAUCCGUGCCCAAAGAAAAGGAGAAGAAGACAAAAGGCCCGAAGCCGCCUCGGGUGGACAAGAACUAUACUUCCAAGCGAACGCCUAUCACGGCGUUCAUCAGUGGAGCUGAUGAGCUUCGCGAGAAUGAUUAUCCUCUACAUCCCGCUCUUUGCGCCUCUGAGGACGAAAAAUUGGCCCUGAAAAAUGCCCGCAAACGUGCUGGUCAAUCUGCGGAGGAUGGAUGGGUGGAUACCCAUGUAGAAAGCCUCGAAGAAGGCAACGUUCCUGAAGCCGAGAUUCAGCAAGGUAGCAUGACGGCAGGACGUGAUGUUCUCGCUUUAGACUGCGAGAUGUGUAUAACCGAAGGCGGUAGUUCAGAACUCACCCGCAUCAGCUUGGUCCGCUGGGAUGGGGAGGUGGUGCUCGACGAGCUCGUAAAGCCAAGACUGCCAGUUAUCGACUACCUAACACGAUUCUCAGGGAUCACCAAGGAGAUGUUAGACCCCGUUACGACUACUUUGAGAGAUAUCCAGCAAAAACUCCUCAACAUCAUAACACCCCGCUCAAUCCUUGUUGGCCAUUCUCUAAACUCCGAUCUUAACGCGCUCAAACUCACCCACCCUUUCAUCGUCGACACUGUAUUUCUAUAUCCUCAUCCGCGUGGCCCACCCCUCCGCGCAAGCCUAAAGUGGCUAACCCAGAAAUAUCUGGGCAAAGAAAUUCAGAAAGGCACAACAGGUCACGACUCUAUCGAGGACGCCCGCGCCGUCCUCGAACUCGUCAAGCAGAAGUGCGAAAAGGGCGAGCAGUGGGGCACAAGCGAUGCUUCAAAUGAGAGUAUUUUCAAACGCUUGAGCCGCCAUAGCGCACCGGGUAAACCCAAUGUCGCAGCUGGAGGGACAGGUCGCACUGGCGCCGUCGUUGACUGGGGCAAUCCUGAGCGCGGCCUGGGUGCACAAGCGACUGUCGCGAUCGGAUGCAGCGACGACGAAGCCGUGGUGAAAGGCAUCCAAGCCGCCGUCAACGGCGACGAAAGCAAGCCGUCUAUCCCCGGCGGUGGUGUAGAUUUUACUUGGGCACGAAUGCGCGAACUCGAAAUCUACCGUGGCUGGUGCAACCGUAUUCCCGAUCCGAGCAACGCGAAUACAUCCACAUUAAUUGCGUUCGAUUCCUCUUCCUCCUCAUCAGAGUCAAGAACACUACCAACUGUCGUCUCGCAAACCGUCUCCCGCAUCAAAGAGGUGUACGAUGCCCUCCCAGCAUGCACCCUGUUUGUCGUGUACUCGGGCACAGGAGACCCGAGAGAAGUGAGCAGACUGCAGGCAAUGCAUAAGAUCUUUCGCGACGAGUAUCAGUCCAAAAAGCCAUGGGAUGAAUUGAGUGUUAAAUGGACAGAUACGGAGGAGCAGGCGCUGAAGAAGGCCUGUGAAAGGGCGAGGGAGGGAUGUGCGUUCAUGUGUGUUAAGUAA